CUGCGAGUCGGGUAUCUUUUGUUUUCCGACCAAGUCACUUCGCCUUCAAUCAGACUUCACCUUUACUUGUCAUCUUGUCUUGAAUAUUUCAUCGUCAUCUUUCAUUUGGAGUUUGGGGACGAUGCUGUUUUCCUUUCCACGCUUUCUUUUCAGCCCGCUCCCACACUAAUCCUUCGUCUUGGUCCUCUUUCGCAACCAUCUCAACGGUUGCCUGUCAUCGAAUUAUCCCCUCUAACGGGUGUCGACACUUGACCCGUAGAUCUCGGCACGGUCUGACAUCGUCAUUAUGGCUGCGCCGCCUGCUCCUCCCAAGCAAUGGGGCAUCAGCGCUCCCAUGUCUACUGCGCUGCCCGAGCCCAUCGAUAACGAAAAGACGGCCGAGUUGAUCGAGGAGUUGAAGAGACAGAACAACUAUGAGCCGCUGGAGGCCACUCAAAAGAGGAUGUCCACUCUUGCGUUGCUCAACAGAGUUACUCAAGAGUUUGUGCGAGAAGUCAGUCGCAGACAGCGGCUACCGCCAUCGCAAAUCGACCAGUUCGGCGGUAAGAUCUUGACCUACGGUAGUUAUCGUCUUGGAGUAUUUGGACCGGGAUCCGAUAUCGAUACUCUGGCGGUCGCCCCAAGACACGUAACCCGCGAGGACUUUUUUGAGUUGUUUCCCGCCAUUCUCAAACAUAUGACCGAAGAAGGCGAGGUCACGUCCUUGACUCCUGUUCCAGACUCCUACGUCCCUAUAAUCAAACUGGAGAUCAACGAUAUCGAGAUCGAUCUUAUUUUUGCCUCGAUUGCCAGUUUACACACCAUUCCUAAAAACCUGACUCUGAACGACAACAAUUUGCUCACGGGGCUGGAUCAGGCAACUGUUCGAGCAGUCACAGGGCCACGCGUCACGGAUGAGAUUCUGAACUUGGUGCCGGAACAAAAGACUUUCCGGACGGCUUUGCGAGCGAUCAAAUUGUGGGCACAGAGAAGAGCCGUCUAUGCGAACAUUGUCGGAUACCCAGGCGGAGUGGCUUGGGCAAUGCUUGUUGCACGAGUUUGCCAAUUAUACCCUCACGCAGUCGGUGCCACGGUCGUCGACAAAUUCUUCUUCAUCAUGAAGAGCUGGCCGUGGCCUACCCCGGUCAUGCUGAAGGACAUUGAACAGCCUAAAAAUUCACAGGGCAACGAGUUCAAAGUUUGGAACCCUGCGAUCUACAAGGGCGACGGUAAGAUGCUGAUGCCCAUCAUCACUCCAGCCUUUCCUAGCAUGUCCGCCACGUACAAUAUCUCCAAAUCUGGCAAAGCUAUCAUCCUGCGUGAGCUAGAGAGAGGAAGCCAGAUCACCAACCGCAUCUUUUCCGGAAAGGCCCGCUGGAGCGAUCUUUUCAAAAAGCACACCUUCUUCACAGCCGACCACAAAUACUACCUUGGCGUUACUGCCAGUACGCUGAAUGCCGAUUCGGCCAAGCAAUGGGCAGGUCUUGUUGAGUCUAAAGUCCGAAUUUUCGUCAUGUUACUGGAAGGCAUCAAGGAUAUCGCGCUUGCUCGUCCUUUCACCAAAGGCUUUAAGAGGGUCCACAGAUGCACGGAUGAAGGUCAGAUUCGAGAGGUCCAGAAGGGCAGCAUGAAGUACAAGGUGGAAGAGACCAAGACUGUUGAAACAACCGACCCAGAGCUUGUUAUCAGCAACGGCGACGGCGCCGCUGUCCCGGCCGCGGUUGCUACUCAGCCAGAAAAUGAUCAAGGCGCUUACACCGUGUAUACGUACACUUUCUAUAUCGGCAUUGACACGACGGCCAAGGGAAGUCUCAACAUUGCGCCAUCUUUCCAGAACUUCAAGGACAUCUGCGAGGGCUGGACAAGCUUCAAUCGAGAUGCACAUUUUCUCACACUUGCGUCUAUCAAGUGCUGGGAUCUGCCUGAUGAUGUGUUCGACACCAAAGCCGGCGAAGUCAAGCCAAGUAAGCCGGUCAAGAAGGUCGUGAAGCCCUCCAAGGUCGAGACCAAGACGGGGGUUCGAAGGAGCAUCAAUGAAGUUGAGGGUGACGAAGCCAAUGGCGCAUCUGUCAAGCGACAACGAUUGAUGACACCCACACCAACGCCCACUCCGACAGCUACUGCAGCGCUCGCCUGAAAAUGAGUGACAGCCUGACCAGUAGCCCUGCCCCUUCCCACGUGGGCAUUUCUACGAGAGUGCCUGAACCGAUGAGCAGACGCGAUGCACAAAGCGUCCGUGUCGGUCUAUAUGACCACAGACCAUGAAUGCUCAUCAAUUGCCAAACAUCAUGAAACACCCAAAAAGGUGAAAAGACAAAAGAAGUGAAAAAAAAGUUGCAGCAAAAAAGCUGUCAACAAUUUCCAGUGAGAUGCCGUAGUUCUUGAAGAGACUAACCUGCGCACAGCACAAUAAGCAUCAGAGCACCGUGCAAUAGCAGAUUGGAAUUCGGUUCGACGUCGAGGUUGGCAAAGCUAUGUUUUAGACAAGCAUCAGGUUUACGAGUGCGUUCUAACAGCGUUGAGUUGAAGAUUGCACUCGAUUUUGAAUUCGACGGCGAACGGAGAAUCAUCAAAGCCAGGAAGGGCUUCAUUGUUUCCAGGAGACCACAGAGGGCAAGCAGGCCCGGAUUUGCUUCGUAUGUACAUAACCAGUCACUACUACAAGAGACAGCCAGACAGACAUACACCAAAGACAAUACCAAAAAAACAAUUUAGGAGGUCUACGGAUCUCGAGAAACAAGAAAAGG